CACUCUUUAUAGUACGAUUCUGGAAGAAUAUUGGGGGUUUCAGUCGAUAGCGUGAUCUCCGCCGUCUCCGGUGAGCGAUCGAUCGUUCCCUUCUCCUCCGAUGGCGAUCCUCUACGCCGUUGUAGCGAGGGGUACCGUGGUCCUCGCCGAGUUCAGCGCCGUCACAGGCAACGCCGGUGCCGUGGGUCGCCGGAUCCUGGAGAAAUUGUCGCCGGGAUCGGAGCCGGACUCGAGGAUGAGCUUUUCCCAGGAUCGCUACAUAUUCCACGUCCUCCGAUCCGAUGGCAUCACCUUCAUUUGCAUGGCCAAUGACACCUUCGGCAGGAGAAUUCCUUUCUCUUAUUUGGAGGAUAUUCACAUGCGAUUCAUGAAGAAUUAUGGCAGAGUUGCCCAUUCUGCGCUAGCUUAUGCUAUGAAUGAUGAGUUUUCUAGAGUAUUGCAUCAGCAGAUGGAAUAUUUCUCUAGUAAUCCCAGUGCUGACACACUCAAUCGUGUGCGAGGUGAAGUAAAUGAGGUCCGCACUAUCAUGGUGGAAAAUAUAGACAAGAUACUAGAGAGAGGUGAUCGCAUUGAACUUCUUGUUGAUAAAACUGCAACAAUGCAAGAUGGAGCCUUCCAUUUCAGGAAACAGUCAAGACGCCUCCGUCGUGCACUGUGGAUGAAAAACGCUAAACUUUUGGCCUUGUUGACAUUGGUGAUAGUUCUGUUACUGUAUAUAAUAAUUGCCGCGGCUUGCGGCGGCUUAACACUUUCUUCGUGUAGAUCAUGAAUCAACCGAAGCUCUACUGAAGUUUUCAGAGAAGCAUGUAAGCCUCUUCUGUGGACUUUGUUUGGUGCUCUUUCACUCUUCUUUCUUGAAGCAAUAAUUUCAUUGGGAGCACUUGCAAUGUAUCUGUUUUUUGUGUGGACUAUGUAAUCAUGUGCAAAGUCAUACUGCUGAAAAGGCUUUCUUUUUCUUCUGUAUUUAUGUUUUUUUAAAUUUUUAUAAUAUACUUUGUAGGAUUGUAAGCA